CUAUCUGCCUCAGAAUUCUUGCUCGCUGCUCGCCUGUUCGACCUCCUCGAAUCUAUCUGCCUCAGAAUUCUUGCUCUCCUGAACCAUACCAGAAUGGAGGACACCGAUGAUUGGGUUGAUCCAAUUGUGGAUCGGACACUCCUGCUCGUUGGGGAAUCUGGGAGCGGCAAGAGCUCUCUCGGUAACAGAAUUCUCGGUCAAGAGUCUUUCGCCUACAAGAAUCAGUACGGGUCGGUCACCACAUGUUGCGAAAUCAAGGAAGCAUAUCUGUCAGAUACCCUUCGAUGCCAGAUAAUUGACACCCCUGGUGUUGUUUCUGGAGAGGAUGAUGCGCUAAAAGAGAUUGGAACGGCCUGCUUUCAGGUCAAACGUGGUGUACAUGCGGUUCUUCUGGUUAUGUCCGUGCGAAAGAGAUUGGAGGAGACAGGCAUAGUUGAUAUGCUAGCGAGGUUGUUUGGACCGAAGAUAAUGGAGUAUGUAAUUGUGGUGUUCACGGGAGGAGAUCUGUUGGAAAAAGAGGGUCGAAGUUUGGAUGACUAUCUCGGACGGGAUUCUACUGAACUACAGAAAAUUCUCACACUCUGUGGUGGUCGAAAGGUGCUCUUCGACAAUAAGACUGCCGAUAAGGUUAAGCAAUGUUUCCAAGUGCGGCAGCUUCUUGGUGUGGUUAGCAGACUAGAGGUGCAGCCUUACACGUUCAGCACGCUGUUUGAUGAACUCCAGUUGCAGAAUCGCAGUCUGACCGUAGGAGACUUGUCCCCUGAAACAGAAAAGGUGAAUGCUCUGAUGGAUCAAGCAUAUCAGGGGGAUACCUCUUGCUUUAAGGAACCAAACAAUGAGAGCAUGACCGCAAUGGUGGACCUACAAGAUACUAUGGUGAUGUUUGAGAAGGAAAUAAUGAAUGAAGUUGAAGCACGGAAGAAGCUGCAAUUUGAAAUACAAAAAUCAAUAGCAGAAACGAAUGAAGCUGUGCGUCUACUGCAUCUCAAGGUUGACACAGUUGUUGAUGAAAUCAAGGAGAUUCGGAGGAAGAGCGCGAAGCAAGGAAAAAAAAAACAGAUCUGGGAAAUCUGGUUCGUCCUCGCCGCUGCCUCCCAACAGCCCGACGCCGACGAUUUGCCGGAGAAGAAGAUCGGAAAAGAGAGGGAAGUCGCUGCCGCCUCCUUCCAACAACCCGACAAUGCCGCCGCCUUGACUCGCCGGAGACAGAUUCUUUUUGCGCAACGCCACUUUCCAGAGAAGAAGAUAAGAAAAGGAAAGGAAAGUUUCCUCUCGACCCUGCUCCUGUCCCAAUAG